AUGCGCUGGUUUCAGGGCACCCUCAUCUGCACUAUUGGCGCUGCACUGGGGCAAAACGGGGUGGGCGCAAAUGUUCUGCGGUCAAAUAUGCAGAGUAAUCUAGUCACAGCCCGUGCGCCAGCGGAUGCGCCUUCAGAUGGAAACGGCGUAUAUCCGCCCGAAUGCCACGUAGAGCGUGACUCGAAGUAUCCAUUCUGUCUGCCUAAGAAUGGAUCUGAAGUGCUUACGGAGCAAAUAUACUACGUUACCUGGGACUCGGACCUUUUCCCGGGAAACUCCACCAUCACCAUCGGGCUAAAUUAUGCCAACUCGAGCGAGAAUGAAGGCGUCUCCGCCUACACAUCCGACCGCACAGAAAACAGCUAUGGCUUCGUCACGAUACAAAUGGACAAGGUCUGGCUGCACGGCGAAUCGCGCAAUAACCUAUCCAUAUAUCUUGUCGAGUACGACCCUGCAUCAAAGGAGAGAGCAAAGACAGUUGCGGGGCCCAUAAUUUCCCUCACCAAUAAGCCUGGCAAGCACUACCCACCGCCACCGCCCACAGCCGUCCCCAACAAGCUGGGCCUCAUGAUUGGAUUGCCGGUUGCUCUGGGUGUGAUUUUCGUCGUUUUGCUUGGGCUGUAUUUUGGCAUGAAAAAGAACAGACGUAUCGGGUUAGGGAAUAUUAUGGGAUCCAGGAGCAAAGGGUAUGGCGGCGGGAAAUCCAGGAUUGAAAGGUUAGGCGGCGGGCGAGGGAGACGACGUGAUCGUGGUGCUGCUGGUGCCGCAAGCGUCAGGCUGGGUGAAUUGGACGACGGCGAACAAUACACAUACACGGAUGACCCACGGGGUGGGAGGAUCAGGAGUGAUGCUGAAAUUUUCAAUGAGUCUGAGAGAGCCAGAGGGAAUGUGUUUAAGGAGGAAUUGACGCGGAUGAAGAGCUGGAGGUGA